AUGCUCGAGGAACUGCUCCAGAAAACGGCGAAACAGCAAGGAGUGCAGCUGACGGGAGGACCGCUGCUACCAUGCCUCGGCUGUUCGAUGUCCAAGGGGCAGGUGAAGCCCAUUUCAAAGAGCACGGACACACGCGCAGCUAAAAACUUGUUCCGCCUUUUUCUCGAUUUGAGGGGGAGGAUGCAGUUCAAAAGCAUUGGUGGCAACUGGUACACCCUCAUCAUCCGAGAUGAUUGCACCCGCUGGACACGUGUUUUCUUCAUGAAGCACAAGUCUGACGCCGCUGCCGCGUUCGAGCGGUAUCUGGCGGACUACAGAGCAGAAACCGUCCCGUGUGAGGUGUUUGUCGCACGUACUGACGGCGGCGGAGAAUUCCAGGGCCAGUUUGCGGAGGUCUGCCGUAGAUACGGCAUCAAGCAAGAAUUCACGCCCCCCAACACCCCCAACAACGCCGCCGGCGACGACGACGGCGGCGGCGCCAGCGGCGGUGAGCCCGGCGCCUCUGGAGAUGGCGGUGGCGGCGGCAGUGAACCCGGCGAAGACUCUGAGCAACUCGAGGAGUACAAGUAUGAUCCCGCCGACAGCCGCUACCCGCCGGGCCGCGAAGGGCGUCGGCUCCUCUGGGGCGCCUCGAAGGAAGGACCGCUGCGCCACGGGCUCGAGCGCGGCCGCACACGAAGGGAGACCCGGGAGCUGCAAGGCCCCGAGGAGCCGCCGGGUCCAGACGCCGAGCCAGACGCCGAGCAAGCGCUGCUGGCGGAGAUCAUCGUGGACUACGUUUCCAACUCGCUGGUGCGGGAGCGGUACGACGAGGAGCAGGUCAACAUCGAGUACCGGCGUGAGAUGCAUGAGCUGCCGUACGGCACCGAGCUGCAGGAGGAGGCGUUCGGUGCAGAGGCAGGGGACGACGGGUCAUCGCAACCUCUUCAUGACCCGCAGCUAAGUAUCCCCUCGCCCUUCGGCCAGAAGCCAAGUGAUGUAGAGUGCGUGCCCUUGACGUACAAGGAUGUCCUUAACUCCAAGUACAAGGUGCUGUGGGAAGCAGCCAUAGCAAAGGAGUUCGACGGCCACAAGAAGCCGGGGACGUUCUCCGAGAUUAGUGGUCUGCUCGAGGGGCAAAAGGCCAUCAGUGCGAAGUGGAUUUUCUCGCACAAGACCAAUGAGAAGGGGCUGAUUGUCGACUUCAAAGCACGUAUGGUUGCGCGUGGUGUUUUUCUCAGAUUCCCGGUGUGGAUUUUCACCACUCAUCAUCCGAGGCCUGUCCACUGUGACAUCAACAAGGCGUACACACACGCCAAGCUGAAGGAAGAAAUCUACCUGAGGCUUCCAGACGGUUGUGGUGUUUGGACUGGCAAGGCGGUGAAAGUCGAGCGUGCUCUGUAUGGACUCAAGCAGAAUGGGCGCGAGUGGGGGUUUGAGGCUGCCGAUGCCCUGAUCUCAAACGGCUACGAGCAGUGCAGGGUGGACCCCUGCCAUUUCCGCAAGGUGGUUGACGGAGAAGUCGUAGGUCUCAUCGUGAUCUACGUGGAUGACAUCAUGUUGUCCGCGACCGAGGAGGAGCGAGAUUGUACCUGGUACGAUGGGUGUGCCAUUGAGGUGGACCUUGAGAAUGGUACCACCAAGCUGUCCCAGACGGCUUAUAUCGAGAGCAUGCUCAACCGCUUCAAUGUCACGACCACUGCUCCCACGCCCGCUGUCGUCGACGAUGACCUAGGGCCGAAGAGAGACGACGAGUCCUCGGUGGACAAGCCCGUGAGGGAAGCGAUCGGAUGCCUGAUGUGGUUGCUGUUCACGAGGCCGGACAUCGCGCUGCCUUUGAACAAGCUGCAGAAGAUCGCCCACUCACCCACCGAGAGGAUGUGGAACGCGCUUGUGCGGAUCAUGUCCUACCUCAACGAGACGAAGGACCUCGGGAUCACCUACGUCCGCGGAUCAGGGCUAGACCUAGACGUGUUCGUCGAUUCUAGUUACGCCGACAGCACCGUUGACAGGCGUUCGACGACGGGGCUAGCCGUGACUGUAGGUGGGACCGUUGUGUGCGCAUCCACGAAGACACAGCCAGUGACGGCUCAGUCGACCACGGAGGCAGAGUAUAUUGCAGCCGGGGAGGGCGUGAAGGAAGCGUUGUUUGUGCGUGGUGUUCUGUCGUUCAUUGCGCCCGAGACGAGCGAUGCCACGAUCAGGGUCCGUGAGGACAACGAGGGGGCUCUCGCGUUGGUGCAGAACCCUACGAGCAUGGUAGAUCUGCUAGCAGCACGGGGGGGUACGUAG